AUGACAACAGUCCGAGAAAGUGCAACUGACAAUCCAACGAAGCUACCAUACGAACUCAUAAAAUCUAUUACAAAUAAUUUCUCCAAGGACCAGGAGCUUGGGCGCGGUGCGUUUGGACAAGUCUUCAAGGGAGUGCUGGAAGAUGGAGAAGAGGUUGCUGUGAAGAUGCUCCGUUUCAUGGGUAAUACCAAUGACCAGCAGUUCGAAAACGAAUUUGACAUCCUUAAGCGCCUCAAGCAUCCCAAUAUUGUCCGACUAGUAGGGUUCUGCAAUGAAGCUAAAGAAGAACUUGUAGAGUACAAUGGCAAACUAAUAGUUUGUCAAAGGAUACACAGGGCACUCUGCCUUGAAUAUAUGCCCAAAGGAAGCCUUGGCAAGCUCCUUACUGGUUGUGGAUACCUACCGCCGGAGUUCAUUAAUUAUCAAGUAAUCUCGAAGGACUAUGAUAUAUACAGUUUAGGUGUUAUAAUUACAAAAAUUAUCACUGGAAUUACAGGUUACUCAGAUGUUGCCGACAUGGGUGCCCAAGAAUUUGUUGAACAUGUUCAUGAAAACUGGAAAAAAUGUCUACAAGAGAUACCCAUGUACGCAUCACUUGAAGUAGACUGCUAUCAAGUGAAAAGAUGCAUCGUAAUUGCACGAAGGUGCAUGGAGAAUGAUAGACAUAAAAGGCCUAUAAUAGAGGAUAUUGUGAGCGAUUUGGACGAGAUGGGAAAUUUUAAACUUGACUCACAGCUGCCGUUGGAAAAGGUGUCAUUAUUGCCCAUAAGAAAGAAAAAGAAUCAGAAAAGGAAAAGGGCCAUGAAACUGGGACUGGGACGUGUCAGCUCGGCUGGAUCGCCGGAUGGCAUCUACCACGGUGCGAAUCAAGCAUUCCCUUUUGCUUGGCUGGAUGAGCUACUACCACCCCAGACAUUAGAUUUCGACUAUCUGCGACUAGGAUUAGGAUUGAUGCCCGGACAGCAAAAUGUUUGGGAGUCUCCCGCUCCCAAGCAAACAGACCCUGAGAAACAGAAACGUGGUAAUGUGCACAGUGAUCUUCUGUCCGAGAUCUCGCAUCCGGCCCACCCGGAGCACAAGCUGAAGCUGAUGAUGGACGCCAGCGCGCCGUUCCUGUGCGACGGCUGCAAGGAGCCCGGUUACGGGCCCAGGUACACCUGCGAUCGCGGCGGCGGGGGCCAAUCCUUGGACCUCCACACGCGUUGCGCCCUCGCAGGGGAUCCCCUGUUCGAUCUCCACAGUCUGGUGCUUCCGCUGUUCGGCUACGGCAAGCAGUUCGAGUUCCGCGUCCUCCAGGAAGCCCCAUCGCCCCCUGUCCAGGAGGAGGGCAGGAGGGUCUGCGACGCUUGUGGCGAGGCCACGAGGGGUUUCGUCUACCACUGCUCCGAUAAAGACCUCGAUCUCCACCCGUGCUGCGCGUCCCUGCCGGACCGCUUUCUCCAGGAUGGCCGUGCCUUCGACCUCCACCGGAGGGCGUCGCGGCCGUGUGCCUUGUGCCCAGAGGAUGAGGGCCGCCGCCGUUGGUUCUGGGCGUACCGCUGCUACGUGGACGGCGAUGAGGUUGUAGAACUGCACGUGGCGUGCCUCAAGGAAAUGGUUCGCCGCAGCUGGGAGGCCUGCUACCUUAACCGGGGACGUGGGUGA